GAACAGUUUUCUCAAUAUUUUUAUCAGUAUUUCAUGGCUUUCUCUAAAUUUUUGGCUAUUUUAUUAUGUGUAGUUUGUGUACAAUUCAAUAAUUUGGAAAAAAUUUGGACUUUAAAAUUCAAAUUGUUGAAUUGAAAACCUAACUUUAUCAAAAUGUCAGCUCUUCAUCCAGUCUAUAGUUCUAUUUUGACUAUGAAUUGAUCUAAGGGCUAUUUUGAAUCAUGCAGUUAUUAAAGAAUUUAUUUUUGUUAACUUCUUACUUGUGUGAUUAAAUUACUAGUAGGCUAUGCCUACUAAAGGUGAUUUAGUAAGUAAGUAGCUAUUGUUUUGUAAAGACGUUUUCAAUCGAGGAUUAUGGAAGACGAAGACGAAAAGGAUGCGAAUAUCACGAAAGCCGUGGUAGAACAUGCCACUGGAUUUAAUAAGAGUAUCCCCAAUUGCUGCUUCCAGCGAGAAUUAGGGAAGAAACUGAAAAGCAAUAGAAUUCCUACUGAAUUCCAAUUGGCUGCUGAAGAAAACCUGAUAUCGCGUCUGCACGAUGAGUUUAAAUGUCAACUGCCUGAUAUUCCUAAGUCAACUUUUCUCAUGGUCUUCAGUCCCGAUGGGAAAAGAGUGGCCUCGACGCAUGGAAACCAUAAUGUAUAUGUCACAGAUCUUACCAGUGGUAAGAAUAUAAAAACUCUGACCGGGCAUCCGCGCACACCCUGGUGCAUCGCCUUCCACCCUUCGUCCAACCAAAUCCUGGCAACAGGCUGCCUAGGAGGCCAAGUUCGUGUUUGGGACCUUCAUGGUGGCAGCGAGAUCUGGAAUGCAGAGAGUUUCUCAGUGAUAGCAUCACUAGCAUUCCAUCCAAUUGACAGAAUGUUGGUGAUCGCCUCUUACAAUGAACUGCAUUUUUGGGAUUGGAGUCAGCCUGAACCUUUUGCAAAGUGCUAUACUGGCAACGAAAAAGAGAAAGUCAAGUACGUUGCGUUCGACCAGCUGGGCCACAAAUUGAUAACAGGGGUGAUGAAUGCGCCUGCCCGGGGGCCAACCAUGUGGGACCGAGUGGCCGCCCCCGGCCCUGCCCCUGGACCCGCGUCUGGUCCCGCCCCCGGCCCCGCUCCACAGCCACAGCCGCCUCCACCGCCCCCACCCCCAACCAACCAAUCCAACCAAGCCAACCAACCAAUCUGCUAUCGCUAUAUGAUGCAACAGUACGAACAUCUAGUUCAGCGAUUCUAUCACUACACCAGAGAUCGCUCUUUGCGCUAUACUACGGAUAGAGGAACUGAUCCCAUGGAUAAUGAAUCUGAAUCGAACAGAAAUAAUGAAUCAAAUUCAAGAGCAGCUUCAACAUCUUCAAGUUCAAGGCGUAUUGUGAGAUUUCCAGCACCGGUCUUCAUUGGAAACACUAAUGCUAGGCUGGCAAAUGAAUUAAAUCGAUUGAGUCAGAAUUCACCUUCAUCCGGAUCUUCUUCUCGUUGGUACUCGCGGAGUACCCAUGGAAGGCCUUCACGAUUCACCAAUGGUAGAGUCGGUAGUGAUUCUUCUGAUGGCUAUUUAGAUUUUGGGCAAGAUGCAGAAGUUGAUAGUACUACAACUAGGGCUUCUCCUGUUAACCACAGCUCUUCAUCGACAACUAGUAGGACCACUCCUGUCAACCAGACCUAUUUAACGCGUUCGCCGCGAACUAGAAGGAGUGCCCCUUCGGCUGGUGGUGGCAGUGCUCCGUCGGCCGGCACCGAUGAGAGAAGCGCCUCAAGAUCCUCCUCGCAGUUCCUUUCUCCGGACACCAAUCCUAGGAACAAUCUAUCAUCUUACAACUCUGACGACUUGAAUUGUUGUUAUUUUCGACAUGCUACCAAUCUCAGUAGAGGUGAUAGUGGAACGUCGAAUCAGCCUUCAGCUACAAACUCUGAAGACAGUUCGCAAUCUUCAGUUGAAUCGGUCCGGGUGAGAGCGAGAGUCGCAGUCGGCUACAGAAAUUCAGAAAGUGAAGGCUCAACAUCAAACAGUGAGAACCGGCCAUCGAGAGUGCUACCACCAACAGAUUCAACUGUUGAUUCCACCACUCCUUCUGCGACUUACGAGGACUUCUAUUAUAUUCCUUUCAGAGUGGCUGACUCAACAUCCGCCGACAAUUCGGAAAGAAGUAUCAACAGAAUCCUUUCGUCAGAAACUCCUCCUUCCCGUAGACAAUUGAGUGGCUUGCCUCAAGAAACAAUUAGCUUGAAUAUAAGACGUGCUGAUGGAGACAACGCAUCCAACAAUGAUGCGAACAGACUGCCGACAUUCUUGCCUAGGUUCUACCGAUUCAGACGCAGACGACUGGACAACUCGGUCAACCUGUCUGAUGAUAGCACUCUCGACAGUUCCCAGCAGAACUCGCCCGAUGAUAAUGAAGCCGAUGCAAGGAGCAAUGCCCGCUCGCAACCAGUGCAGAGGCCCACCCCAUCAGCUCCCACCACUCCUCGCCCACUCUGGACUCCGUGGAGGCGUGUCACUUGUAACUACCAUCAAAUGUCUUCUCCUAGAGAUGGAGGAGAUACACUUACACCGCCUGCACCACCACUGCCUCCUCCACCACCUCCACCACCGCCGCCGCCGCCAGAAAGCGAGGCUCCGCCGCCAGAAAGCGAGGCUCCGCCCCCAGAAAGCGAGGCUCCGCCCCCAGAAAGCGAGGCUCCGACCCCAGGAAGCGAGGCCUCGCCCUCAUCGCAGCCAUCACCGCCACCAAGGGAGAGUCGGUCGCCGCCUUCCUCCUCCGGAGAACGCAGCCAAUCCGACUGUAUUGACCGUCACACCACCUCCUUAUUGCUCAGAGUCAGACGCCUUCAGACUGCCACUCGCAGUGGCAGAAGGGAACUCAGACUACCAAAUGCUUUUAGUCCUGAAACGGAAGCUGCUGAGGCUGAGAGACGAAUCCUGAAUAGGGUGAAUCCUGAAACGGAAGCUGCUGAGGCUGAGAGACUAAUCCUGAAUAGGGUGAAUCCUGAAACAGAAGCUGCUGAGGUUGAGAGACGAAUCCUGAAUAGGGGUUUUGAACGACCCCAGCCCGAGAGGCCACGCCGUGGAUUCUCGGUGUCGAGACGGUCAGCUUUCCAACCAAGGGCUGGCGCCACUAGCAGUAGCCAACAGCCUAGCUCAAGUCCCCUUCAGUCCAGUUCAGCUCCUCGUCAGUCGAGCUCAAGUCCUCGUCAGUCAAGCUCGAGCGCUCGCCAGCCAAGCUCAAGCUCUCGUCAGCCUGAAUUAGUGGCUGUUCGUCAGGGAAUACUACUCCUCAGCAGGCAAAUUGAUGACAUGCAGAGACUUUGCAGAGCGCGACUGGAAGUUCUGCAACUUGAGCAGAUCCGUCGAAUGUGGGAGGACUUGCAGGGUCGCAUCUUCGAUCUGCAUGACAACAUGAGGCCAGCCGGCGGCGAGGACGGCAGUGGGGAUGAGAGUGGUGGGGAGGGGGGCGGCACUGAUGAUGAGUCAGACUCGGCCCCGCCCACCCGCCCGCCUCCUGCUCCUCCCUCUCGCCAUCAUCGACCCGCCACGCAACGCAGUCCGCGGCCUCAAAACAGGCAACGUUUGCCCGUUGCUUGGUAUAGGAUGAAUGAAAGAUAUAAUUACUUCAUGAGCAUGAAUCGAAGGAGGCUCUCCAAUGCACAGCAGGGAGCUGACAGUCGAGGCAGUGAGUCGAGUAGAGUGGAGUCGGGAGAUAGCAGCACUGGGACGAGUGAGAGAGAGGGGCCAGGCCAGGGGCAGAGGGGGGUGAAGCGAAAGGCUCGCUCUGCUGCCGCCCCCGUCAACCCUCAGGCGUCGGCUGCUCAGGGGGCGGCUGGUCCUUCCACUUCCACCUCCACUGCUACUGAGACCCCCACUGCCAAUCGAACCGUUACUGAGAUGCAGGCGACCAUAAGAUGCGUUCAGACGAUGCGAGAAACUAUAAUGCAGCUGGAAACGAUGGUUUGGAGACAGAGAGAAAGGAACACUUUACGAAACAUGAGGCUGUCUCGUUUCACCAGACAAAGAGAAGAACGUAUGCUCAGGAACUUGUGGGAUACUGAAAGUAGUCACGAAUCUGGACGGGAUGAACUGUCGGAAGGUGAUUCUGCUCGACAAAAUGAAACUUCAGAAGAAGCAGCUGCUGGUCUUCUUGAUGAUCGUGAUGAUCCUACAAGGCGACGGGCUAGGGAUAUCUUAAUGGUGAUGGUGAACAGUUUAAUUGCGCUCAUCGAACAAGAUUGCGCAAGAAAUCAGACGAAUGAGGCGAUGCAUAACAGAAUCUACUAUUUUUAUGUUCUUCUCCAAUUGGCACUGAACUUGACUGAACUUCUACUUGCUAAACUUGUGUCAUCUAGUCAGUUGAGGUUUGCGAGACAAGAAGUAGAACUGGCGGAAAGACGAGCGGCAGCCGUUAGCAGGCAAACAGCUGCGGCUGCAGCGGCAGCAGCAGCAGCGGCAGCGGACAGCAGUAGUAGCAGCAGUAGCAAUCAACAGGCGGAAGCGGGAGCGGGAGCUGCUAGCGGCGAGGCAGCUGAGACUUUCUCAGUGCGGCUGCUGAGGACGAUGCGUCAGAGGCAGCAGCUGCAGCAGAACAGGCUGAACAGAGUCAACGAACUGGGACGCCGCGGCUCCGUCAGACAUCCCCUCAACAGAGAGCUUAGACGAGCUCCUGUCAAUAAUUCUCCUACAGUUGGAGCAGUAACAACAACAACAAGCGGUAAUGCAGCAAGUGAGAGGGGGGGAGCAGAGCGUGAAGGCGCAAGUAGUGGUGGAGGAGGAGCAGGUAUGCCGCCGUAUCGCAUCCGCAUCAGAAAUGCGAUGCUGACUAAUCGGAUGUCCGUGCCUGUGGUCAGGGUCAACGACCUCCCUGCCCCCGACCCUCUCGUCGAUCCCCCUCUUCGAUUCCGGCCCCCCUCACCACCAAUCCCCUUCAAUCCGUUCUCUAGGUUCCUCAACUUCCCCCACAACAGAUUGCCCAAUCCGAUGGACGACUCCAGUGAGGACUCCUCGCCACAGGAUAAUCGCACAUUUGAAAGCUUCCUACUAAUGCGAGGAUAUGGCCAAAAUACGGAUAAUGUGACUGAUACCUUGUUAUCAAUGACCAUAACACAUCGAAUACAAGUUUGGGAUUUCUCAUCAUUCACCAUUCCUGACAUCAGCAAUUCCGAAAAGAAUUUAGUGGUGAAUGAGUGUCGAAUCCACAACGAUGCCAGUGUCGAUGUAUCCAAAGAUGGACAUCUUCUCGUUACACUUCUGCCUUCUGGCAGGAUUAGUAUGUUAGGAGUGUACAGCCUGCAGUGGGGCACAUUGGGCCAGUUGCUGUACCGCACCAGCUUCGAGCAGAACGCAGUGUCGGUGAGUUUGUCGCCCACCGCCAGACACCUGGUCGUAGGACUCGGUUCGCGCGGCGGCGGCGGUGGCGUCGGAUAUCUCAAUGCUGACAGAACUAGACACAGCUUAGCUCAGAUAUUUCGGUUGGAAGGUGCUCAACCGGGAGGAACUAGUCAAGGUCGACUGAAGCUGCUUCGCAGUGUGGACCCAGCAUUCGGGGGCCUCGUCAGCCUCAACUGCAUUCGCUGGGCGCCCAACCCUGGCCAAGGCUUGGUCUACGGAACCAACACUGGCGAACUCAAGAUGCUGCGAUAAUUCAAGCUUUAAUAUAGAUUUUAUAUUGUAUAAUUUUUACUCUGUGAUAUUCAGUCAUCUAUGAUCACAGAUUUGGGACUCUUAAAUAGGAUUUUCUUCGUUAAGCCUCUUUAAAAGACUGAAUUCGUUCAUAGAUAGCAAUUUCAUUCUCAGUCUGUAGCUGCUGAAAGUAUUAUAAUGAAUAAUUCCAUCUAACUUUUGGUUAGCCUGUACUGUACUCUAUUUUUUCAAUCACCAGCUUCUGAACUAUAGUUUUUUUAUCAUUAUAACGAAUUGCUUGUGAAUGUUGUAACACUAAACAUAAAAUAUUUAGUCAGAAAUAUCCUUCAUCAUAAAUUGAGGUUAUUGUUUAAAUAUUUGGUGGCUUUCUCAUAUCUGUGUUUUAGUAUGCAUUGUUGCAUACUACAAGUAUGUGUAGAAUGAGAUAUUGGCUUCGAUAAAAAUUAUUAGUUCUCUGAAUAGUAAGCUGAAUUAAAAUGCACGAAAGCUAUUAAAAUGAAAAGACAUAAUUUUCUUUCAGCGUCUACAAUCAUUGUUUGAUACAGUCUUCAUUCAAGGCAGAUUUAUUUUUGCGUAGAACAAUUUCUUGAUUGAACUAACUAUAACUCUAAAAUUGAGUUUCUUCCAAUAGAGAUUGUCAAUUAUAAAUAAUUAUAAGUUUAUCAAGUCCCUUUAUAUAUAUAUUCUUAUUUUGACAAUUUACGUAGUGACUUUUCGUUGAAGCUUGUGGUUCAUUCUACCAAUAUUAUUAUUCUCGUAUUUUUGUUUUACCAAAAUAUUUUGUCUAGAUUAGUCUGAACUCUCAUUCUAAAGAUGAUCAAAAUUAUUAUUUUACUCCUCUGUUAAGGAAGUGGUUCGGUAUGUAUUUAUAGUGAUUUUGUAAUAAAAUCUCCAUCUAUGAAUUCAUACCAUUUCAUGUGUAAUUUUCAUAUAAUUUAAUUAUAUUAUAUGAGUUCAUAAUUUCACUUUGGUGGUUUUUGUUGAAAACUUCUUUAUCACUCAAAUAAAGAAGUUAAUUUUAAGUUAUUCCAUCAUCUAUACAAAUCACUGUAUUUGACUGAAUAGUACCGUACAGCAGUUUUGAUGAUGAGAUUUUUUGUACAAUACGAUGGUUAACCAGCAAUGAUAAGGUGCUUCAAGUGAGUUCUAUUAAGUGAUCAGUUUAAUAGUUAGUUAGUUGAAUUUUCUCUUUAAUUGUGUAUGGUCUUGCAGAGUUCACAUUAUUUCUUCUCAUAGUUUUUUGAGUCGCUUAAAGUGAGCACUCUGAUUUGUGAAGUGAUUUCUUAGACAUUUGAAAAUCUUACUAUUUCCCUAUAUAGCCUACUUAAAUUUUGUACGGUCUAACAUUCAAGAAUAUUGAUGUUGAAUUGUGUUAUGAUGAAGGAACUUGCCUCAUUUUAAUUCAAAUUGGGAAUAUUCAACAUUAUCGUAUAUUCCGUAUCACUUAUCAUUGUCUACUCAUAUUCUAAGUUUUGUUGGUCUCAAUAUUAUUUAAUCCUCAUUCUAAUAAUCAUUCUUAUCUUUAUCAAUUUAUAUUAUUAUAUCAAUGAUACAGUAUAUCAUCUUUUCUUAUCUACGCAUUACUUAUGUUAUCAUUUUACUAUACUUCACAACAUUAUCUACUCGAUAGCCAAUUACAGUAUAAUGUACAAAUAUUUGUUUCAAUGUGGAAUACUGAUAAUAAACAGUCGUUUAAAUUAUAUUUGAAA